GCAAAAACUGCAGCUGGCAAGGAUGAUGAGGCUGCAGCUGGCGAAGAUGAAGCGGCUGCAGCUGGCAAAGACAAAGGGGCUGCAGCUGGCGCAGAUGAAGUUGAUGCCGACGCUGGACCAGACGUGAAUGUCGCUGCAGGCGGCGGCGUGGAAGCCGGAGACGAAGGCGCUGCAGGUGGAGGCGUGGAAGCCGGAGACGGUGGCGCUACAGACGGUGGCGCUGCAGACGGAGGCGUGGAAGCCGGAGACGGUGGCGCUGCAGGCGGAGGUGUGGAAGCCGGAGACGGUGGCGCUGCAGGCGGUGGCGCUGCAGCCGGUGAUAGGGCUGCUGCCGCAGGCAGUGCUGGAGCUGCUGCUGCUGCUGGUGCAGCCGGUGAUGGAGCUGCUGCUGCUGCUGGUGCAGGUGGUGAUGGAGCUGCUGCAGCUGCUGGUGCAGCCGGUGAUGGGGCUGCUGCAGCUGCUGGUGCAGCCGGUGAUGGGGCUGCUGGUGCAGCCGGUGAUGGAGCUGCUGCUGCUGCUGCUGCAGCAGGUGGUGAUGGAGCUGCUGCAGCUGCUGGUGCAGGCGGUGAUGGGGCUGCUGCUGCAGGCGGUGAUGGAGCUGCUGCAGCUGCAGGUGAAGACGAAGAGGCUGCAGCUAGUGAGGAUGCCUGAGACGAUGGCGCUGCAGGCGGCGGCGUGGAAGCCGGAGACAGAGGCGCUGCAGGCGGCGGCGUGGAAGCCGCAGAUGGUGGCGCUGCAGGCAAUGGUGAUAGCUGGAUGGGCUCCUCGGUCCCCCCAGCGAAAGCAGCAGGCUGAAGCGGUUCCUGAGACCCCUCAGCGGAAGCUGCUGAUGACGGCGAAGGCUGGAUGGGCCCCUCGGUCCCCCAGCGAAAGCAGCAGGCUGAAGCGGUUCCUGAGACCCCUCAGCGGAAGCUGCUGAUGACGGCGAAGGCUCAAAACCAGUAGGCAUGGGUGCCCCUGGCACACACAAAACAAAACCAGCAGGCUCGUGGGCCUCUGGUGCACAUGAAACAAAACCAGUAGGCACGUGGGCCUCUGGCACACAUGAGGAAGGCUGCAGCUGCGCAGAGCACUGACCCUGCUCAGGCAGUGACAGCUGGGUGCAGUCCCUAGCUGGCAUCUUGGUCUCCAGGGGUCCAGAGUAAGCUGAGGGUUGUAACCCGGCCUCUGGGGAAGCCCUGGAGUGAGUAGCAGUCUCUAACGUUGCCAGCUUUUGAGGAACAGAUCCAUUGUGAAACCGUUUGUCUCCCUGCUCAAAAACCGCGGUGGAAAAACAGUCCUUUAAGGGGUGUAUGGGCAUAGCUUCCUGUAGAGGGGCGAAUGAAGAUUGCGACUGAACCAUGGACUGAAAUGUGGGUUGCAGUGAAGCUAGUGAUGAUGGUAGCUGAGUGGCUGGCCGAAGCGGUGGCAGAAUAGGUAAUUGUGCUCCUAAGGAGGCCAACGGUUGAGCUACAGAAUGGGAAGCUAACGGCUGAGCUACUGACUGGGAAGCUAAUGGCUGGACACAAAACUGAGCCGGUGAAUGGCGAUAAAGUCCAGGCUCGGAAGGAGCGGCAGAAACACAGUCUUUCGGUUUUGCAGAGGGUUUAUAGAUACCCACUUGAGAAGGGUCCGUUACCACGAAGGUAGGUAAGCUAUACGUAUUGCCUCUCAUCCCACUCUGAAUAGCCCCAGAAAACAAAGUCCCGGAAUCUGGGGAAGCCAAAGUAUCCCGCUCACUCACCGCAUCUGGCUGCUCGAAAGUGAAUGCAGACGGGGCAUGAAGUCCGAGAUCCAAAAGGAGAAAUUCCUGCUCCCACGGACAUAGCGAGCCCAGAAGCCAUGGGAGACCGGUCACCAGGCGCUGUAGCCGCCUCUCUAUAGCGCGCUGGGGCUCGUCAUCCUGGCUUUCCAGCCACAGGUCAAUGAGCUCCUGUGUGGCAUCGACGAGAUUCUCCCGUAGCUCCUUAGACGGAUUAAGUGCUGCUGGGUCCAUCUUGUGGUCGCGUCGUACUGUCACGGCUCGGGGCAGCGGCCGUGUGAUG